UAUGGCUUUGGGUUGAAUUGACGAAAAGUGUUGGUGAAAUCGUGUUUUUACGAAUUAAAACGAUCGAGUCACAGUUGUUUUUUUAUCACACAUGUAACAGAUAGAUUUUUGUGACUAAAACAGAUUUUCGAACAAAAUACCCGGCAUGCAUCUUGAAAAGUUUUAAACAUAAGGAAAAUCUAUAACCAGCUCCGAACUAUUUAUUAAAUUCACUAAGUUCACUGUUUUGUGUAUUUUUUCGUGAAUGUAAAUACUAAUGAAUAGUACAGUUAAAAUGAUAAGUUUACUGUGUUUUGUUAAAAUUAUUCUGGAUACUAAAAUUUGCGCCUUACUGCUUUUAUUGAACACUGUGUUGGCACCUAUUUCCGUCGCUGCAAGAUACAAACCGACGAUUACUGUGGCGCAAGAUGAUACCAUUAUUUUCGCCAAUGAUGAACCUGAAGUGAUCUUGAAGGUGAAAAACGUUAAUGCUGGAUAUAAAGAACGUAAUUUACCCUCUGCCCCGAAGCUAGUGUGUAUUGGAAGUGAUAUUGAUAAUCUGAGACAAAAAUAUCUUGUUAUUUACGAUAAUCUACGCUACGAACUUUCCUCUGCGGCUAGAGCAACGGACGUGCUCAUCAAGUUAACAGCAGUUCUUAACUUACCGUAUUCGAAAUUGUCUAAGCUGGUGUGGCAUUUUCUUAGUGGAGUUGUAUAUAAAAUUCCUCAACGUGAAUCGUACGCAGCCAUAGACCAGAUCCGCCGCUUUUUGGAUGCGAAUUCAUCGACGACAAAUUGUUCUCCACCAUAAAAAUGUUUCUCUGUAUGCUGAAGGAUUGCACCUGUUCGUUUAACAACGCUCAUGAGUAUCUUGAUCAUUUGAAAAAAUUUCACUUGAUACCAACUUCAUUCAGAUAUAUAUGUACAAUAGAGAAAUGCGGUCAAAUUUUUUCCAAUUUUUUCCCUUUCAAAAAACAUACCAUUAAUCAUCUACCAACUCUUACUAAGAACAAAAGACAAAAUCAACCUCACCUCAAUUCAGACUCAAAUUGCAUUUAUGUUUCAUCAGAUGUAAUAUGUAAUAAGAAAACUAAACCAAACGAAGAUUUAGAUAAUAUUCAUUGUACAAGUAGUUAUGAUGAAAUUGAGAGGGCUGCCUUUAAUUUUACGUUAAAAUUACACUCAAAAAGCAAUUUCACUAGAAAGGAUAUAUACACUGUACAAAGUGAAGUAUCAGAGUUACUAACAGUACUUUCAAGUAACAUUCUUGAUUUGAACGUAGCUUCGCCAAAUCCAGAAGUGGAUUUUAAGUUUAAGAAUACAAUAUGUAAAAUGAAAUCUCUUUUCAGUGGAAUAAAUUCCGAUUACAAACUGUUUAAGUAUAUUAAGUUAAACUCUGGCUUACCGUUACCAUUAAUAAUCACCAUUCAAAAAGGAAAAAAAUCAGUAGUUCCAAUUCAAGAUCUAGAAAUGUAUAAUGAAAGUUCCAAAAAUUUCCUAAUAUUAAUGCCUAUUGCUAAGCAAAUUAAACUUUUUUUCGAACAUAAGAGUAUUUUUAAACUAACGAUAGAGAAUCAAGCAAGGCUAGAAAAAUCAUCACAAAUAUCUAACUUCGUCAAUGGCACUAGAUGGAUUCACAUUAAAGAAAAAUAUUGUAACGAUAUCAUUAUUCCAGUAUGGCUCUACGCAGAUGAGUUUGAGAUCAAUGAUCCUCAAAGUUCGCAUGGUAAUAGAGACUCUGUUUGCGGAAUUUACUUCAAUUUUCCAACGAUUCCGACUGAACAUAUUUCCCAGUUAAAAAAUAUAUUUGUUGCGGGGAUGCUGAAGAAAGUUGAUAUUAAAGAUGUAGGAAUAAAUAAACUAAUUUCUGCACUUUUGGACGAAUUUUCUAAAAUAGAAACAGAGGGAAUCGAAUUGAAUUUGAAUAAACAAAUCAUUCGAGUUAGAUUUGUAAUGUGUCUUCUACAAGGCGAUAAUUUAGGGAUUCAUUCUAUGCUUCAAUUCUCAACUGGAUUUAACGCAACUUUUUACUGCCGAUUCUGUAGAAGACCUAAAGAACUUCUGAAAACAGAUGUUAUAGAACAUGCAGACUGCAUUCGUCGUAGGUCAGACUACGAAGAAGAUCUUGUAAUCAACAAACUUAGCGACACCGGUAUUGCCGGUUGGUCAAUAUUUAAUAAUUUACCAUCAUUUCAUGUAGUUGAAAACAAAUGUGUCGAUGCGAUGCACGACCUAUUUAGUUCUGGCGUGUGUAAAUAUGGAUUUGUAGAAGUGUUAAAUUAUUACAUUUACAACAAAAAAUAUUUUACUCUGAGAGAAUUAAAUACAAGAAAAAGAGAUGUAGGGGGAAUAUCUUCAGAUAGUGAACUUCUUCGUAUGCCUGAUUUUAAUGAAUCAUUUUGCAGUAAAUACAGGCAGAAAUCGGUUGUGCUUAAAAUGACUUCUAACGAAAUGCGAGUUUUUUGUCACCAUUUUACAUUUUUGGUGGGCCAAUAUAUUCCACUGAAUGAUAUUGUAUGGAGGUACGCUAUUCAACUGAUUCAGCUAGUUGAUCUAUGCUUGAAACGUUCUUUUACAGAGAACAGCAUUGACGAACUGAAAUCUUUGAUUAAAUCACACCAUACAGAAUAUAUUAAACUAUUUGGAAAAGAUCUUACACCCAAACAUCAUUUUCUUGUACACUAUCCAAGCAUAAUAACUUCUUCAGGACCAAUUCAUAAUAUGAUGUGUUUUCGUAAUGAAGCCAAACAUAAAGGCUUCAAACAAUAUGCACAUGUCAUAACAUCUAGAAAAAAUGUAUGCUAUACUUUAUGUAUUAAAUCAUACUUACAGUUUACUAAUAACAUGCUGAAUAACGAAUAUUUUACUUUUACCGAGCCUAAUAAUUUUCAUUGUACAGAUCUCAGGUUCAGAAAUUAUUUUUCAAAAUUAAUGCAGCCGCUAAACAUUGCCUCAGACUUUAAAAUUCAGGUGUCGAGUUUUGCUUGCUAUAAAAACACAAAUUAUAAAACUGGUCAGUUUGUUGCAGAAUUGUUUUCGAAUACAGUUUUAUUGUACGAGAUAAUAGAAAUCAUUUUGUUAGAUAAAAAAAAUUAUUUGAUUUUACAAGUGUGGAAAGUUGGCUGUUUCCAUAUUCAUUAUCAGGCUUAUGAAUGCAUUGGUGCUACCUCAAUAGUUGAAAUUAUUUGUAUAGACUUCACAAAACCACCAUUUUCGAUUUGUAUCACUAAUCGUACUAUAAACGAUGAACUAAAAGGAAGAAGAAUGCUUUUCAGAAUGAAAAAUUCAUUUGAAUCGAUUUCAUCCUAGUUAUAAGAUAGUACAUUUGU